GGACAAAGAGUUUCCUGUCGUUUUGCAAUUCCUUCUUGUACAUUUAUGGGGAUUUGUGAAUAAACAGAGUGAUUCUUCUACAGACCUUCCAAUUUAUUUAGAUGGUAUCGGGUUGUCUGGAAAGUUCAUGUCGAUUUUUGAUGGAAAAAUUGUGGAUCAAAAUGGUGCCAAUGUAAUUCAAGAAAUAUAUGUGAACAUUCAAAUGUGACUUUGAAUUUUUCUUAAAAAUUGGCACGAACUUUCGAACUUUCUGGAGAACCCAAUAACUAGGAAGUAAGGUAUGUUUGUCUAAUUUCUUCAUCUUUGAUUUAUUUGGAUCGUAACUAGCAAGUAAGGUAUGCUUAUCUACUUUUAUUGAUCUUUAAUUUAUUUAGUUUGUGGCUAAAAAAUAAUGUUUGUCUACUUUGUUUGAUCUUCUGUGUUUUGUGAUUUUUAAAUUAAAUGAAAUCGUUCUUAGCGCACAUUCUACUCACUUUGUAAAGUAAACGAUAGAGGAAAUCACCGCCUCCUCGUUUAGGUAUGAAUCGAUCGUCUGAAUAAUGGAAGGUCGGAUCGUCUGGGCAACGAACGAGCAAAACAAGUAAAAUAAUUGGCAACGCAUCGCCAUUUCUCGACCAUUACCAGCAAAAUUUCAAGUGGCCACGAACGAUUGAAGCAGCUCGAUGCCGUCGUCGCUCGUUGGAUGGGGGCUCGUCCAUCAUCGGGCGGUUUGAUGACAGUUCACGGUUUUGUGGAUCUUCGGGGGAAAUGUCUGCGUAACAUCGCUUGCCGCACCAGUGUUCCCCUAUCGCCGUUAUGAAUAAGUAAAUUCUAGUCCAAUCUCUCUGGGUUCCAUUGCCGAUCGCGUUGAUUCAAAGAUUUCCAACGUCGAAUAAAAUUUGCUCGAUUAAACUUCGAUGCAGAACGGAAAUCAGAUGUUCAAUAUUUUGAAAUCUAGACAAUCGAAGUUUCUUGUAAGACGAGCAAAAUUAAAAUCAUAAAAAGUUUCUAUAUUUAUUUUUCUCGUGCAGCGGGUGCUGUGGAACUGUACCCAGUUGUCCAAAACCUGUGUGUUGUUCUCCAUCGGCAUGUUGUUCACCCCCGCCGCCCUGCUGUUCACCCACAGUCGUGUGCAGAUCAUCAUGCCCACCACGGUGUCCCCCUAAACCAACUAGAACAGCAGUUUACCUACGGCCUUGUCCGCCCUGUCCACCAUGUUGCCCGCUUCCUUGUCCACCGAAGGUGGUCGUGACCUGUCAUCCACCGCCGCCGCCUUGCCCUCCACCGCGACCGGUAGUGACGUACGUUUGCACCAAGAAAAUGGUUCCUUGUAUGCCCUGUCCGCCGCCCACGCCUCCGCCUUGCUCGCCUUGUCGACCAGCAUGCACGUCUUGCCAUCCUUGCUAGUGGUCCAGCGAAGUCUGUUUGCUGAAUACAGGAUUUGGUGACCAAUGCUGCGAGGUUAUUCCUCGUGGGAUCCAACGAGGACGACGGACGGAUGCGUGGAUAAAUCUUUCGCGACGACAAAGACGAAUUUCGAGCAAAGAACCAGAGUCCAACAAACCACACGAAAUUUUUCAAGAUUCUCCUGGAAAGAUCUGUGAACUUGAGAAAAUUGAAAAGGACGAAAUCUCCCGAGAUAUUAGACUUGAAUCACGAUUUGAGAAAAAUUCCUUACUAUUGUCAAUCCCUAAAUUGGAAAUCUUACACCAUUCGUGACAAAAAUUCUAGAUUAGACUUUACUCGAACGUGUCCCAACCCUAAAUUUGUAAACUCGAUCAAAUUUGAUUUAGUCUUAAUCAUGUCAACGACUUACGAAAAACCAUAACGAGACAAUACUCAAUUUAGACUCUAUUCCCAAACGAUCUUUUCCCAAAAUGACGAACUACGAAUUUUAAUUAACGUCGACAACUCUGAAAGUACGAAAAUUAUUUGCAACGAUGUGCCCACCUAAUUAUGGUGGUAAAAUCAUCACUUCACGACAAGUUCGACAAGCGUACGUCAAUCAACAGCGGCCAGUAACGAUUCCUGUUGAAUUAAUACUAGUGUAGCUCGUUGAAGUUUUGGAUUAACAAGGGAAUUCAUUUGUCAACGCCGAUUCACAGUUUUCCCGGAUAAGCACUGGUAUUCGUCGAGUACACGCUAGUCAAGCGUGUUAAUGUUCGACACUGCGUCGCUUCGAUACGUAUUUUUCCCCCCUAAAAAUAUGUGUUUUUUUCAAUAUGAAUCGCGACAGCAGUCUCGAACAGAAUAUAUUAUAUUUUUCCGCGCUUCGACGCACUUUUCAAACUCCAUUAACGAGCGAUCGAACGCGAUCACGAUCCGCGUCAGCGUUUUGACUGGUUGCUCGCAAUAGAAAGCAGGUACCAUUCAUUUUUUUUUUACUGUGAUUUUUUUUUUUAUGAAUCAAGUCACGAUGUCAAGAUUUUGGUACGAUUGCGGCGGCGAAGCUUCUGACUCGGUCGUAUCGCGUUCGAAGAGGAAAUUUUUGAGUGUUCUAUCGAUAUAAUUAUAUUAAUAAUUUAUUGGCGCUGACAAAUGAGAUUCACCUAAACUACAGUUACAUUUCUGCUGUAACAUCGACAACACAGCGAUGUGUGAUUCCUGUAAGCGAUACGCAAUAAAAAUAGCAAAAUAUUCAAGCUACACCUUUGUCUUUCUUAUCGAUUUCUUCUACGCCAGUAAGUAAUUAUUUUUCAACCCCUAAGUAAAGCCACGAAGACUUCUCGUGUUAUUGCUGAUUAAUCUACUCUCAAGAAUUUAAAAUAAUAUAUUCGUUAUUAUUACUUAUUCUUAUUUACUAUAAAAUAUUGCUACUCUCGAGUUUGAAUUUCUUGGACUUCUACACCAAAUUUCGAGCCAGCGUAGAAUUCGCGUUUCGUGGUUCCCAAAGAAGAGUACUCGCGUCUUGAGGCUUCAAUUUUUGCGGCUAAUCGGAUCUUAUAAUCCGUCAGAGUCGAAUUGCAGAACGCAAUUUUGCCACCAGAUUAGCACGAGAACGAAGUUAGCAGAACAUUCUCACGCGAACUGUGAAUAGAAUCCGAGUCGAGAACGUGCCCUGCGACGUGUCCAUGGCAACCCAGUCCACCGUCUUAUCAAUUUUUCGCCUUCGACCUUAAAACCCCCAGUGAACCUUGCUAAUCAGAGUUUUCAGCCCGGUGGUGAUGCAAAAUCAGCGAUAGAAAAUUACCUGGUCCAACGUGGAUGAUGUUUCUCUGGCCGCAAUCAGCACCCGAAGCAAAAUUCUAAACAACCAUGAACAAAAGGAAAGCCUCAACGGACAGAAAUGCCAAUCAGAAGGCGUCAGCGAGGCGUCCAAGCGCAUCCAGUCUGCACGCGAGGAUGAACAUGAUGCAGCAGAUGCAAUCGAGACCUGAGAAGUCACCGUCCACGCAAAAUGUCCCCUGCUUGGAGCACACGGACACGGUGAACAGGACCAUCGACGCCUGUAUCCCGAAAACGAGGUUCACUUCUCAGGACAGGUCCAGAGACAUGCGUUCGUGUUCCUCGCCAAGACUCAAGAGCUUCCCGGCAGAGAAAAUCAAAAAGUUGGAAACCCCUCCGCCGUUCGCUCCUGAGCCAAUAGGUGCUCUUAUCGUGCAGCAAAAUCCUCGAGAAGGUGGUACACUGUACGUGGGUGGGUCGAACGAGAUUCAGAACAAUGGACAGGGCGACGUGGGUGCUGCUGUUCAGCCUUUGCAUCAGCAGAGACCUCAACAGAACCUGCAGACCGCGAGCCAUCAACAGGUUGCUCCUCAUCGCGCGAUCCAUCAGAUCAGCGAGAUGAGCCCGAACUCCGAGUGCACGCUGCCCCAACAAGUCCUCAACAGUCAAGCGCAUCGUCCAUUCGUGCCACACGGAACGCGCGAGUAUUCUCCUCAAAACAAUGCCCCGUCAGGCUACAAUCCUCAUUCACUCUUCCGCAAUUCACCUCAAACCACGGCGAUAAGGCACCCGUUCGUGCAGCAGUCGUCGAGUAACGCUGGCCAGGAUCAGGAGAGAGCCAAAGCUGAGAACAACGCUGCAGAGUGUCCCAACUAUGACAAACAGCCGGUUGGAGGUCGAAACGCGACUAUGUAUAGACAACAGACGACAAAUAACCAAUCAGGACACCUGCAGUCGCAGAUAUCCAUGGCCCCCAACAUGUCAAACCUGUCGAACGGUAAUCACCAACAGCUGAGUGCUCAGAAUCUCCAUUCGACUCAAGGUUACGUGUCUCCAGUGGUGAAUCCCCAGAAUCCUCAGCAGGUCUAUCAACAAAUGCAGCAGACCUUGGCUCAGCAACAACAGAUGCAACAACGAGCCAUGUACUACCAGAUGAGGAUGAUGAACAACCAACAACAGAUGCAAGGAAGUCCUGGAAGUGUCAAUCUUUACAGGAAUCAACAGCUCAACGCGCAGACACCUAGCCAGAGCAUGACGUCGCCCCAGGAUGCGACGAUGAACCAGGUGAGAGCCUCGAGAAUGGCGGCUCCGGGUCAGCAGAACUAUCAAAUGCAUCGAGAUCUGGAUUACACGAUGAGUCCUCAAAAUGGUUGGCCGAAAGACAACCAAGUGACUCAGUAUUCGAGCAUCAAGGCUCAGCUGCAACCGUACAGCGUGGACGUGGCGAAUCAACCACACUUUGCUACUCAAAAUCAACAGCAAUUUAUACCACAGUAUCAACAGGAGCUUGUGCAUCAACGUCAGCAAUUGUACAGAAAUCCUAUGCAUGGGGAUAUCAUGAAUCAGGGUCAACAGAACUCGAUAAUCUACGGUCAGACUGGAUUCGAUCCUCAGGCUCAUCCCAGUCAACAGCCAGCUGCUCCCAAUCCUCGUCCACCAGUAAACAAUCCAGUUCGACAAUCCACUGGUGGUGGUAAGCCAAAGCUCCCUUUCACUGUUCGCAUGAUUCGCGACCAGGAAAAACUGGUGGCCACCAUGAAGCAACAGAAAGUUCCCAUGGAUGUCAUGAGAAGGCAGUUCGACAUACUGCUGGCCGAGCAGAGGAAGCAGUUGGAGCACAUCGAGGAGCUUCGACGGCAGGACGAGUCAGGGGAUGUCAAGAGACCCGUGGCCACUCCUCGUAGGAGAAAACAGGUUGAUGAAAAGCCUGAAUGGAUGAUCCACCUGACACCACCGCGACUGUCUUACAUAGAACUGGAGAAAAUGCAGGAGGAACAAAAGCAGAGGGAUCGUCAGGCUAGACAAUACGAAGAGUCUCGACAAGCUCAUCAGAUGGUUGAAAUGCAAAAUCCUCAGCAUCCUACAGGUCAGCAGGGUCAGUUCUAUCAGCAACCGAGUUUGCAGCACCAAAAUAGAGUCCCACAGGCUUACAACAACAUGUACAAUCAAGACAAUGCGAUUCCAGGGAACGUAAACACAAACGAGCCUGCAAAACCAAAUCCCAACCCAUCCACAGUAAAUUACCAAUACUAUAGCCCUCAACAAAGUGUCCCCAGCUAUCAACAGACGCAGUAUCCUUACCAACAUCAACAGAAUCCUCAGUUCCAACAGUAUCAGCAGGUCUACCAAGCCAGCCAGCAGCAGAAUCAAGACCACGUCCAUUCAACGAACAUUCCUUCAUCUUACGAGGAUAACAUUCAGCCAGAGCCGUCCAGUCUGCUGAAAAUGCGGCUGUACAAGGAACAAGUGCAACCACAGAAGCGCAACAACGGGUUGCAAGAUCCUCAAGUGCUGAGAAAGCAGAUGGAGACUGUUCAGAUGUCGGAGGACGUCAGGAAGGGCUUGGAGUACCUGGCCAGCUUGGUCUCCAAGAAACCUCCUGUUAGAUUGAACGGGAUACAGGACCGCAGCGAGAUAGAGGAGGAGUUAAAGGAGAGACUCCUGAUGUCCGCCCAAGAACCACCCAAACAGGUGUCAGCCAAUGGCCUGGAGAACACCAGGAACCCUAACAACCCUCCUCUGCAACGUUACUCAAACCCCAACAAGACCGAGUGCGACUUCCUAAGGGAGUAUCCCAGGCAGAAGGUAUCGAAUCCCAGGAACUGUUACAGUGUCCAAGCUGAGAGAGAGAAUGGGGCAGUAGCCACGGACCAGCAGCCUCCUUUCGUUCAACAGCAACUACCGGGACACAGUUCGAUCAACGUGAUCCCUUACAACGAGAAGAACCCAACCAUGGCUCGAGGAAACGUCAUGCCCUUCAGGUUCGAGAACGUCUACCCUCAGCACUACCAACAGAUGCAGCAGUACUAUCAAAACACAAGGAAUCUCGCUAGAAACAACGGCGAGGGUGACGUGGGAUCCGCUCAAAGAAUCGACGCCCACGGCAAGGCCAGCUUCGAUCGGGCAGGCGGCGAUGCCUGUGCAAAUUCGAACAAUCAGAUGGACAGGCAAAUGGCGGAGGGCAAAAUGCCAUUCCAGGGGAUGCAAUCCAGUCAACCUGACAUCCACGAGACCAGAACCAUCGGGGGUGUGAGGUACCUGGCCAGGAAACAGGGCUACAUUCCCAACACGCAAUUCGUGUCACCCGAUACUCUAAUCGCCAGCAGGCACUUGCAACCCCCGAUGAUGUACUGAUAACGUCCACCGUUUACAUUGUUUUUGUACUUGGACUUUUCGACACGUUUUACGUGGAGUUUUUCGAGUCGUAUUUUAUUUAUGCACCGAAGGCGAUUUUUAAUUAUGUAAUUUGUAGCUAACGAUGUUGUUUGAAGUCGAGGAGCUCCGACGAGUUCAAACGACGCUGUUUGUGUUUUGAGGUUUUGUUAUCCUUUUUUUUGUGAAUAAAGUGGACUUUUUAACGUUGUACAGUUCA